UCUUAUUCUAGGUACGGUCUAUGGUUACUAGGAUGUUCACAUGAUUCAGGCAGAUCUCACGCUACGAUGUUCUUCGGUCUUUUAUUUUAUUUUCAGACCAUCCUUGAGGAGUUUGACACUCAAGUUGGACUUAGAAUCUUAUAUAAUGUUAUGAGUAUGUUACAACUCUUAUCAAUAGAAGGUGAUACAGUCAACGAGGAUGAAGAAUCGUCAUCGAGGCAAAUUGUAUGUCAUGUGUGCGUCGCUCUGAAACGUUACUUAGAGGCCCCUCCCUUUUUUUAAGGCGCACAAACUCCAACUAGGUGAAACAGGACUGCCAAGUGAUAAGGUAAGCAUUUUUUAACGAAUUAGCAGGCUAAAUUUGUGUGGACUGGUCAUGAUGCAACAUAUAAAGAAGUAAAAAACGGUGAAGGCAGACAGUAUUUGAAGAAACAAAUUUUCCUCUCUUUUUCUCU